AUGUCGACUUCAGCUCCUGGCCAACAUGGCCAGCCCGAUGAGCCCCAAUGCUACAACUGCGGGACUGUAGGCCAUUGGGCUGUUGCUUGUCCCGAACCUACCAGAGAAACGCCUGCAGGCCUUGCAGCAUGGAGAAACUCAUCCAUCCCGAAUCAAACCCAUCCCAAAGGACAAGGCCCUGGUUCUAACAAACGAUCAAAAGGACCUAUCAUCACCAAAUAUGGUCCUCCGCCGCCACCACCUCCUCCACCGUCCUUUGGCCAAGUCAUGAACCAGAUGCCGCCGCCGCCGCCAGGACAUCAUCACCAUCCUCAUCCUCCAGCAUCGUAUCCGGGCCAAGCGCCGCCGUACCAAACUUAUGCUCCUCCGCCUCCACCUCCGCCUCCGCCGCCGCCUGCAUAUAGUGGUAGUUUUCCACCUUCUGCUUAUGGAUACUCACACCCUCCUCCGCCUCACCAUCAUCCUCAUCCUCCGUAUCAGCCUCCACCUCCUCAUGGCGGACCUCAUUUUGGCCCUCCCGGCUAUGUGGGUCCUCCACCUGCUCUUGGACCUCCUCCUGGUGGUCAUUCCCUUGUCAACAGAGAUGGACAUGAAAAUAGGGCAUCUCCCCAUAACCAAACUUUUUCGCGAUCACCCCCUCCGCCGAAAUCGUCGCCGCCUAUGAAUGCAACUGCGCCUCAGAACCGAUCAGGAUCUAGGCAAACCUCUGGACUUGCCAAACCACCUAGCCUACCUCCGAAGCCACCUGUAGGAGUGACAUCUCAUCCACUCCCACCUAAACCACCCAAGAGCCAUGACCAAUCCAAUCACCAACAUGAGCACAGGAACAAGCGCAAAAAUGACCGCCACAAGGGCAGAGACAGGCGACAAUCCAACGAUCAUCAUAAUCAGCGCUACCAGAACACUGGCUCCCAUCAGCAUGGCCAUCCCAACCACUCCCCAGAGAACCGACGAUCGAGUGGCUCACGGAAAGGCCAACGGCAUCAUGGCAAUUCCGGCUCAAAGAAUCAUAACUCUCACGCGGGAUCACCCGAUCAACAGGUUGCAGGUCCCAAGGGUCCCAAUAAUGGAAGACGAGCCUCGAAGGAUCAAACACAUCGAAGGUCUUUUUCCGAAAACGUCCCUCGCAACCGUGAUAACAACGAAUCUGUGGCAAAGAAAACCAAUGCGCCUUUUGCUGCUAAUGGCCUAGGUUCGAGCGUUGGAGUUGAAAAGGUCGUUAGGAGUAGCAGCCCCAAGUUGAAUAAUUCUCAGGCCCGAAGUGAGGUGUCAGAUGGCUCAGAAAGGCGGUCCUUGUCAGACAAUCGUGGAGGCAGCAUCAAGCACUCUCACGACCACGACUCUAAUCUUCAUGAGCGACAACCUAAGCGGCCAAGGACGGACGCUUCUCCUAGAGACGAAGCCAAGACGUCUAAAUCUGAUGAAGAGGAAGAAUGUAUUUGGGACACUAUUGACGUGCCGAGAGAAGUUGACCGAAGACAGCAAGCCGAGAGGGACCGCGCUGGGGCCAAGAGACGUGGAUCUACCGCUUCACGUGCCUCCUCACAGUCUAGUCAAUCCUCAGACUUGAAUUCCUUGGAAGCGGAGCUUUUAGGAAGACCUGUCAAACAAAGGUCUUCUGAGAAAUCAAGCACACGUCAACGCCCGGAACACCAAGAUAGAUUCAAACCAAAGCGUCGGCCAGUAACUACGAACUCUGCUUACAGCCGUCGGUGGUGA